CGUUUGUUUGUGUAAUGAACAACAAUUUUAUUAUUUAAUAGUAAGUGGAUAUUUAAGUCUGAUAAUACAAUGUAAUUAACAUUUAUAUGAGGUGCCAAGUUCCGCGAACGUUAAGAGUUAUGUUUUUGUUUAUUUUUAACUCUUCGUGAUAUGUAACUGAGUCCGUUUUAAAAAUAAGACUUAUUUAUGACAAGCGCUGUGCCGCAGAAAACUUUAUUGCGAAACAGAGUUAAAUUAAAAAAGUAUGCGGCUUGUUUAUGUUCUUGUGAAGAAAAAAGAGCAAUCGGUUAUCUUACUGGACCAGCUCAAAUUUUCCACACCCAGGAAAGUAUCAUUAAGCGACUACGCUAACAGUGCCGGGAUCCUUACGUAAUCAUUUUCGAAUACCGCCCCACCGACAUCGGUACUAGGCUACUUAAGACGUUCGCACUUGCAACUUCGCUAAUCAAGUCUUGGGAACCUAGGAACUCACACAUCAGGCUCCAUAAGAUAAACGCACAACCUGAUGUUAAAGGGGAACGUUAUAAAAAAAACGGAAUCUGUACGUUUGCAUUUUUGGCGGAAGGAUGAUUUUCGACAGGCUUAAGAAGUUUUACGUCGUAUUCGACUCCCCUGAAUUUGAUACCCCGCCCGUGUUCAGCAACGGAGACGUGGUGUCCGGCAAAGUGGUGCUUGAGUUUAGGGGGGAGAACAAAGUUGAGUCGCUGAAACUACACGCCAGAGGUUUCACUAAAGUGCGAUGGACCGAGUCUGGGACUGCCAGUUCCGCUGGUUCCAGCAGCACGUACACGCAGGCCUACCGCGACCAGGAGGAAUACCUCAACCUGAAAGAAGCGCUUUUGCAGUCAGAUAAUGGCGAUAUGACCGUCUUACAGGCGGGCAGACACGAGUUCCCCUUCAGCUUCCAGCUUCCAGAGGAGACCCUGGUGACAUCGUUUGAAGGGAAGCACGGCAGUGUGCGGUACUGGGUCAAGGUGAAGCUGCACCGGCCCUGGUCCACAGUCAAGAAAAUCAAGAAGGAGUUCACCGUCAUCCAGCCCAUUGACAUCAACACCCCGGCCUUGCUGGCCCCUCAGGCCGGCACUAAAGACAAGAUGGCCCGGGUGUGGUACCGGAAUUUCGGACAGGUGUCUGUGACCGCCAAGAUCGAUCGAAAGGGCUACACCCCAGGUGAGGUGAUCCCCGUUUUUGCCGAAUUUGAGAACUCCACGUGCCGCGCCGUGGUGCCCCGGGCCUGCAUCACGCAGAUCCAGACCUUCAUCGCGCGCGGCACCACCAAGCAGAAGCGGUCCGCGGUGGCGGCGCUGUGCGGCGACCCGGUCGCGCCGCGCCGCCGGGAGUCCUGGCACGGCCGCGCCAUCAAGAUCCCGCCCAUCGGGCCCACCAUCCUGCAGAGCCGCAUCAUCAAAGUGGAGUACGUCCUGCUGGUGUCCGUGGACAUGCCUGGGUCGUCCAAGCUGUCCCUGGAGCUGCCGCUGGUCAUGGGCACCAUCCCGCUGCACCCCUUCGGGAGCCGGACCUCCAGCGUGAGCUCCCAGUACAGCCUCGACCCGGACUGGCUGUGCAUGGCCGUGCCGGACCAGCCCGAGUCUCCUCCUGACUACAGCUCCAUCAUCUCUGAAGAGGACGAGACUGAGCAGAGUGUGGCGCCCCCUCAGGGUGAGGAGGACUUCAGUGGGGUACUGGAGCGCCCCCUUCUGGCAUUCGUCCAGGAGUUCCGCUACCGACCGCCUCCAGUGUACUGCGUGGUGGACCCCAACCCUCAGCCGUUCUACACCAGGCCCCGCUGCAUGACCUGCUGAAGGACACGCCCCUUCGUCGUGAGGCAAUCCCGCUCGAGCUCGCCUGCGAUUCCUCUUCCCCAAAACCCCCCAGCCAGCGCCCGAGGGAAAGGGGGGAGGGGCGGGGGGCGGAGAGAGACGGGUACAGCAUCAGGGUGUGUGAAGUCCCCCUGGGCCAUACAGUAAUGUAAAAAAGCAGGAAGAAACGGAUGGACAUCCAGACCGGCCCCAGUCACAGCUGGCUGCAGGCUGGUCUGCACACCUCCUCCUGUGUGCAGUUUGAAGCACACAGUGCUGCCGCAGCCUGGGGAACACGUCACUAGCCUGAUAGGGCAUGUUUUGCUAAGGGGUUUUUGUUUAAACGUAAUCUCUGCUUGACUCUGCAUUGUUCUGAGUGUAAAAGGCCUGCUUCUACAGCCCAGCGUUAGCCCUGCAGGCCUAUCGGCACUGCCAGGCCCAGGGCGAUAAGGCCCAGGGCGAUAAGGCCCAGGGCGAUAAGGCCAGGGCACACUUUUGUAGAUGGCCAGGGUUUUUUUUUCGGCAGGGUCACGGGAAGUCUUUGAGCAAGAAAGGUCUCUGGUACCGAUUUGGGCUGAAGACAAAGAAAAUGGCAGUGAGGUUUGGGAAUGUUCUGGAAACAGUUCUGGAAGUGUCUUUAACAGAAAGGAUCUGAACAGAAUGCAGGGGGGUUCGCUCCCGGACCCGGAGCCUCCACAGGCCUUCUGAGAGAGCGGCUGGGCGUGGGACGGGCAGCCGUGUUUUUAAGAGAACGUGCUGAUCAGUGCAUUUCCUGUGUUAAGGGCACGAUCUGGACUCUGCCUGCAGGGCUAAACACACCGUGCUUUAGGCUCAACAGGCAGACAACCUGAGCAGGUGUAUUACCUGUGCAGGUGGCGUUUAAAUGGAAACAGGUGCCUUUCUUUAUUCAGCACACUUGUGAGCGCCAUGCAGAAAAGCUCUGCUCAAAGCUGUAGCUGCCUGCACAAGCACAGAACGCACUAUGCAACCGAACAUUCCAAAACUCAAGUUAGAUUUUUUUUGUCCUUUCCAGGUACUGAUCUCUGCAAAGUGCUGUAAUGUUGCUUUUUUCCUAAUAUGCCAAAUGUUGUUUUUGAAAUUGUACUUGGUUUUCAAAUAAAAGAUAUGCAUAUCUUCA